GAUUGAACUUUUGAUAUACUGGCAACGGCGACAUUGACAGUGCGGGACAAGCCAUUGAAUUUUGUGCUGAUAUUCAAAAGACACCCAAAACCACAACCACCUCACAUCCACCACCCACAAUGUCCACCACUACCGCGGCCCCUCUCGCCCGCGCCAUCCGUUCAUCCAAACCCCUCCCCUCCACCCUCAACCAAAUCAGCAAAAAUGCACCCAAAGCCAUCUCCCAAACCUCUCCAUCCACCACUCCCUCUUCAUCCACAACCAAAGUCUUCCACCAAAAGCCCUGGCAGAAAUCUCCCCCUCCUACACCAACUUCCUAUUUCCGCAUCACCCUCACCCGAUCCGCUAUUGGACUCCCAAAGAAAUCCUCCCGUGUGUUGAAGUUCUUGGGAUUGCAUAAAAGAACGAGUAGUGUGUAUCAUCCUGUCUGCUCCGAUAUUGCGGGACAGAUUAUGAAGGUUAAGGAGUUAGUUGAGGUAGAGGAGACGAAGGAAAGGAGGAGUAAGAGGCAAGAGAGGGAGAGCAGGAGGCCGGAGAGUGGUUUUGUUGUUGAGAAGGAGUUGGAAACGAGUGUGGUUUGAGAGGUUGGGGAAGAGAAGAGCGGAGUGAAUGUGAAUAGGAGUAGAGAUAGUAUUGUAAACAUAUAAAGGAAGAUUGGAAUGGAGGGCUGGAUUAAACACACUGGGAAUUGAGAGCGCGAUACCAUAUAUAAAUGUGUACAUGCGAUUUGGAGAUGGGACGUAGACGGCCUGUUUUAUAUUCGCGAUUGAGAUUGGCAUACUCUUCAAUGCACAGGAAGAAUCAGAGGGACUCUCAAUACAAAUAGUUACGCAUCACUCGCAAUGGCAAUAAGUCAAACUCAGCUUCA